AUGUCUGACCCCGCUUCCACCAACAACGCCGAGUUCAUCAAGGCUGCUGAGGACGUCAAGAACCUCCCCAACAAGCCCUCCAACGUCGAGCUCCUUGCUCUCUACGCCCACUUCAAGCAGGGCAUCAACGGCGACAACACCACCGCCCAGCCCCAUAUGUUCGAUCUCCAGGCCAAGGCCAAGUGGACCGCCUGGACCAACCUCAAGGGCACCACCAAGGAAGCCGCUCAGGCCAAGUACAUCGAGCUGGUCAAGGAGCUCCAGCAGAAGUAA